AAUGAAGAUGGCGACCGUUUGUGGAGUGAACGAAUCGUUGUUGGAACAGUUUUGUGCAGUUACAGGAGCUAAUAAAGAUGUUGGACAAAGGUUGCUAGAAGCUUGUGACUAUAAUUUAGAAAUGGCUAUAGGAAUGCAUAUGGAUGGAGGAGAAGCUCAAGGAGAUGGUCCUGAUCAAGUAGCUUCAUCAUCUUGUCCCCUGAAUGAUGAUGUAGAUGAUCUACAAUCUUCAAUAAGAGCACCCAUUCCACAAAAGAGAGAAGUUUUAGUGGAAGAUAGUCCUGUAUCAGCGUAUAGAGGAAGACAACUGCCAGCAGCAUCAGUUUUUGAUGGUUUUAGAGACUUCCAGGCUGAAACACGUCAACAAGAAGAAAAAUUAUUGGGGGGGUCAGCAAGUACAAGUGGUAGUACUACCAAUCCUUCAAAACAACGAACACUAGAAGAUUUAUUUCGUCCACCUAUAGACCUUACAUUUAAAGGCACUUUUCAAAAAGCUAGAGAGGCAGGUACCAACAAGAAAAAAUGGCUACUUGUUAACAUUCAAAAUGUACAAGAAUUUCAAUGUCAAGUAUUAAAUAGAGAUGUGUGGAGUCACAAUGCUGUAAGAGGAAUAGUCACACAACAUUUCAUAUUUUGGCAGGUGUAUCAUGAUAGUGAAGAGGGAAAGAAAUAUAUACAGUUUUAUAAAAUACAAGAAUGGCCAUAUAUAGCUAUAAUUGAUCCUGUUACAGGUGAAAAUAUGAUAUCAUGGCAUAAGAUGGAUCCAUUAACAUUUUGUGAUUGUGUUACAGAAUUUUUAGCUCUUCAUUCAACUGAUAGUGGAAGUGAUAAUAGUCCUCCAUGUAAACGACACAAAAAGAGUACAAUAGUAGAUGCUACAGAAGAUGCUCAAUUGGAGGCAGCAAUUAAGGCUUCAAUGGCCGAAUCAAAGAAAACUCAGAUUUACGCGGCAGAUUCAGAUUUUGACAGUGAUGUAGAAACAUUUUCUGAUUCUGAUGAUGAAUCUGAACAUAAUAUUAAUAAGAGUUCAAAAACCCUAUCUCAAGACAAUUUGCAAAAAGUAAAUUUAGAUUGUGUUAAAAGAAAUCAUAAAAAUGGUCAGUCUGCUACUGAAUCUUCUACAUGUAAACAUAAAAUAGACAAUAGUUGUGUGAGACAAUUAGAUAACAAACAACAACAUGUAGAUAAAGAACAUCAAUGGCAAGCUCAUCUAGGAAAGAAAAAUGAUCCCAUAGCAAAUUUACUGAUCCGAUUUCCUGAUGGGAAUAGAGAGCAAUUAUCAAUACCUUGCAGUUCUACAUUAAUGGUCCUUGUCAAGUUUGCAGCAUCAAAAGGUUUUUCUCCAGAAUGUUAUGAACUAGUUACUAAUUUUCCCAGACGACAGAUUUCUCAUAUGGAUAUGUGUGAUACAAUAGAAAAGGCUGGACUCCAUCCACAAGAAACAGUAUUUGUUCAAUCGAGAUCAUAGCCAAUCAUAUUGAUGUUGUUCAUUCAUUUCAUUAUUUAUGUAUAAUCAUUGAUAUCUAUACAUGGUUAUAAAUCAUACAAAAAACAUUUAUAUUAUCUUGAAGCCUUAGAUAUACACUACAAACCUGAUUACAUCCAAAUUAAUUUACAUUGAAAAUUAUACGAGCAUUUCAUUUGUUUUCGUUUUUAUACACUCACUUUGAAAUGUGGUUGUAUAUUGCUGUCUGAUUUUUUUAUACAGCCACCUUUUCAUUUGGUUAAAAGCAAAGUCAUGGGUAUCACAAAACCAUCUUUUAUAGCAUCUAACAUUUCAUAAGUGUAAAAACACAACUACACAAAUGAAAUUUGAAGCAUAGUAACCAGGAAAGUCAUAGUAACCAUUGAUGUCAUAAUGUUAAUCUGACUAGUCGACAGUGAUUUUUAUAGAGGAUGCAAACCAUGUAAAGACCUAAAUAUAAUGUGUGUGCUACUGUUGAAACUACCUGUAUAGACUUAAAAACGUUUUAUAUCAAGACUAAUUGUUUUAUUGUUUUUUUAUCAGAUUUUAAUGAAACUUAAAAAAAUAUGUUUACAUCUCAAAGACUUGGGUUACUUUCGAUACUUGCACGUAUCGGACCAUAACUUUCUGGAUUAUGGCCCCUAUUUGUACGAUUAAUUGCAUGCUUGUUAACUAUGACAUCAUUUAUUUAUAUUUAGCUUAUUAUUUAUAUAACAUUAUGACAUCACUGGUUACUUGUCCUUCAAAUUUGUGUAGUUGUGUUCUCUGAUGAAGUAAGUUUUUAUACACCACAUUUUCAUGUGUACGACGUCACUCCUGUCUGUCUAUCCACAAUUUGUUUAUGGACACCCAACAGGUCACAAUUUUUAUCCGAUUUUGACGAAACUUGCAUUUAGGUUUAUAUCCUAAAGAUCUUGGUUUCUUUAGAAAUUGGCAUGUAUCGAACCAUAACUUCGUGGAUUAUUGCCCCUGAUUGUACGAAAAAGCUCAUCAGGAUUUUCCGGCGUGGUUCCCCCCUUGUCAGUGGUGCAGGACAGAGGGCCUGGCAAGGGAUAGCAUAUAAUCGUUCAGAUGGGACGAAAAAAUGAGGUCCAGUGUACACAUGGGCGUGCAUGUAAAAGAUCCCUUGGCACUUGGAAUUGAAUGUAAGAGUAGGCCAUAGUGUGGCUGUCCGGGCAAAACUUCCCUCACAGCACACUGUAUGGCGUAUGCCGUCUUCAUUAGCCCAAUUGGAGCAGAACAAUAGGACGUUAAACACCAUUUCAGUUCAGUUUAUUGGUUGCGGAUAGGAUUUUAAUCUUUUAGAGAGGCAUUUAGUUACAGGUUAAAGCAAUAAACUAUAACACAUACUAUUUACUUUGGGCGAGUUUUCAAAGAGUAUUCUCUUACCUUGGUCUAGCUAUUUUUUUUCUGAGUUAUUGCCCUUUAAUUAGCUAAAUUUGCUUGUCUGCUCUCUUGAGGCCAUAAUUUGUGAUGAAUCUUUUUCAAGACUAUAGAUAAUGAUUUGAGCUCAAAUUUUGUUCCAGAGUUAUGACUAUAUGCUACAACCCUUGUUGAAUGCCAGGGCGACUCAUCUGCCGUGGGGGGGAGGGUGUUGGAUGGCUGAAUGGUUAGCGUGCAUGCGCUGUAUCAUAAAGUUUGUCAUUGAGUCGACUGGCGUGGUUUCGAAUUCCCGGUUGUACGUGACAAGGAGUAGGGUCGCCUAUCCAACCUCGUGGGUUUUCUCUGGGUCCUCCGGUUUCCUCCCACUGCUAAAGACCCCUACGCGCAAGCGAAUUAUUGAAAUAAAAUAAAACCAUUUGUUAGUCCCGAAAUGACCUAGUUUGUGUCCAGUGGACGUUAAACCCCAUUUCUCUCUCUCUCAUCUGCCGUGGGGGUAUGGUUUCAUUGCCUGGCAACCUAUCUUUAAACCUUAGGAUAAUUAUUUUUAUGAGCAGAUGACAUUUGGAAUUGAAAUUGAAUGCAAUUGCUAUUUUUAUUCCAGAGUUAUUGCUCUUUAAUUAGUGUAAUUUUGCUUGUUCGCUCUCUAGAGGCCACAAUUUGUCCUUUUGUACAAGCUGUUUUGAGACAAAGCUGCUGUGUGGUUUAUUUCCACGCUUCAUGCUUUGCAGAAUUACAAUAUCUGAUCAAAAUUUUCAUCUCUUAACAUUGCACACAUAACAAAACUUUCUUCAUAUUGAGUGUCUAACCUGGUUACAACAUUAACAUAAAUGAGAAGAAAAUUACUUAUUGUGUUGGUGACAAGUAAUAUAUUUAAUAUGUGUAUCUUGUUUGUUAAAGGAUUAUAUAGGUUAUUUAAUAUAAAUAUCAAUGAAAUUAAUCUGGAACCCCUAUGCAACUGUAUUUAGAUUUAUUAUUAGAGCUCUAAGUAUGAUUAUUUUUCUAUAUUUAUUAAUGUUUGAUCAUAUUUAUUCUCAGGACAUACAUUUUUAAGUGCUCAAUACUUACAUUCACUUACCUCAGGAUUGACGGAAGAUUAUAAUGUACAGCAAAUAAAUUAAAUGAAAUCUUGGUUGGUUUAUAUAUAUAUAUAGGAUUCAAUUUAUAUGUAACCCAUUUUUAUAUUCCCGCAAUUUCAUGUGGAUGUAUAUUGUCGUCGCCUCUGUCUGCCCGUCACAAUUCUUAUCUGAUUUUGACGAAACUUGAAAUAUAGGUUUAUCUCUAAAAGAUCUUGAUUCCUUUCGAUAUUGUCAUGUAUCGGAUCAAAACUUCUGGGAUUGUGGUCCCUGAUAGUACCAAAAGAUCCUGAUUUUAGCUUGUGUACUCUCUGUAGGUCACAAUUUUUAUCCGAUUUUAAAAAUUGUUCAAAUAUAUUACCGUUACACCUUGAUGAAGAUUAAAUUCGAAUUUCGUAAAAAUAGGACCGAAAAUGGCCGCUUGUGUAAUACCAAGGUGUUUAUAUCCCAGAGAUAUCCGUUCCUUUCGAUAUUCGCGCAUAUCGGACUAUUAGUUUAUGUCCCCGAUUAUACGUAAAGAUCACGAUUUUAGCUUUUGGACUCUCUUGUUCACAAUUUUUUUCCGAUUUUGAAAAAUGUUUAAAUAUAUCAGUGUUACAAGAUAAGGAUGGUCAAUUUUUAUCCGAUUUUGAAAAAUGUUUAAAUAUAUCAGUGUUACAAGAUAAGGAUGGUCAAGUUUCAAAUUUCGUGAAAAUCAGACUGAAACUGUCCGAAAAAAUGGCUGCUCCAUUAGGUAAAUAGUGUAAAAGUAUGUAAUAUCAAGGUUUAGGACCCUUGUGAGGUCAGAAUUUUUAUCUGAUUUUGAUGAAACUUAAAAUGUAUGUUUAUAUCCUAGAGAUUUCGAUUCCUUUUGAUAUUUGCGCAUUUCGAACCAUAACAUUCUGUAUUAUAUCACACCUUUUUUUUUAGCUUGUUUUCUGUCCAUCUGUUGCAAAAUGUGGGUGUAUCUUGCAUGGCAGUCACUUGUUCAACAAUAACAUGUAACGAUUUCUAAAACCAAUAUGGGCCUUAUUACUAUUAGUGACAUUUUGCCAAUGUAUUGAAAAUUGCUUUAAAAAAAAAAUGUCUAUUAUGUUCAUAUAAAACAACAGAAAAUCAAAUUCAGGACCAUUCUUCCCACUUUUUCAUGUGGACGUCUUGGCGUUGCCUCUGUCCGUCUGUUCAAAUUUUGUUUGUGGACACUCUACAGGUCACAAUUUUUAUCUGAUAUCCAAUUAUGAUGAAACUUGAAAUAUAGGUUUAUCUCCUGAAGAUCUUGGUUCCUUUCAAUAUUCGAGCACAUCAGAUCGUAACUUCUGGAUUAUGGCCCCUGAUUGUUCGAAAAAUCACAUGGUUUAACUUAUGGACCAUCUAGAGGUCACAACUUUUAUCCGAUUUUAGAAACCAUUCAAAUAUGUCGCCGUUACAGUUCAAAUUUCGUGAAAAUUCGAGCGAAACUGCCAAGCAAAAUGGUCACUCCUCAUACACAAAUAGUGUAAAAGCAUGUAUAUGUAAUACCAAGGUUGUGGGCCUUCUAGAGUUCACAACUUUUAUCUAAUUGUAAUGAAGCUUAAAAUAUAUGUUUAUAUCCCAAAUAUCUGGGUUCCUUUCAAUACUUGCGCAUAUCGGACCCUAACUUUCUUGAUUGUGGCUCUAAUUGUAUGAAAAAUCACCUUUUUUCAGCUUGUUUUCUGUCCAUCUCUUGCAAAAUGGAGGUGUAUCUUGCAUAGCAUCACUACAUUCUGUGAUGGAAAUAAACAAAAGUGUUGAUAUUGGAGAAAAUUAAAGAAAAAUGGAUUUAUACUGAUUGAGAAGUGGUUUCAGAUGAGUUAUUUCCUCCUGUGUUUGAUUAAUAUCUUGCUUAUAUAAACAUAAUACAUAGCCAAGCUUUGUUUGUUUGUUGACAAUUUUGAGCCUUAUAUAUCUAUUACAACAAUUAUACCAACUUGCCAAUUUUUGACCAUAGAUUUAUCAAAUAUUGUUUUUGUGUGUUUUUAAAUGACUUCUCAUAAACAGGGUUGUGUACUUGAUAAUUGAGCCUACUGUACAUUUCCAGAUUCCUUACAGAGUUACUUCCUUAAAACAGAGUAUCUGAGAACCAGAAUAUCUUUUAUAAAGCCUAAAAUAUAUAGUUUGGGUUUUCCUUUUUAGGGGAUUUGAUAUUUUGCUGAUUAUUAUCAAUGAUAUAUAACAAAUGUUUUACCUUAUCUUCAUGUGUAUAUUAAUUAUUUUGUAUAUAUUAUUAAACUGUUAAGUUGUUA